GACGCUGGCAGUCCUGGGUUUCUGCUUGUUCGGCUGCUGUGAGGACGGCGGGCGACCGCAGCUAAGAAAAGAGAAAGACGUGGCAGCACGCGGGAGUCGGAGACAUUGUCAUCGGUUCGGUAAAGUUUCUGUUCUCUGGUAACUAGACCCAUUUUUUGAUUCCCGGGUGACUUGGGGCCUGGGAGGGAGAAGAGGGCGAGGGGAGUGGCAGCGGCCUCCCCUCGCCCGACUUUCGGCCUAGCCCGGGAAGUCUGAACCGGGCCCAUCAGCACGGCAGCUACCCGGACUCCCGCCGGCGGCCCCGGCCUGCUGGGCUCCUAGGCAGACUUCAGCUCACUUUCCCACCCUCCCUGCCCCCACCCGCUCCGCCCCACCCCCACGGCGCCUGCUCCCUUACUUACCAACCUCUUCCCCCUCCCCCCACAUCCGGUGUUCCCGAACCGGGAUUCCCGGGUAGCCCCGGAAAAGCGACUGUUUCGGACCCCCGGAGGGGGAACUGACACUAGGUUGCUCUCUUCCGGGAAUCAGUUUCUUUAGUUAGCUGGCCCUCCCUCCCGAGAUCAGAUCAAGUGCCUGGACCCGACUUUACCUCCUCGCCUUCCUCUCUAGGGUCCCACUACUUUGGAGGUUUUCUAAUAUUCCACAUACAGAGUCGAAUUCUGGUAUCCUAUUCCCAUUCCCUACCCUGAUUACUCUCCCGCCCAAGCCUUCAUCCUCGAAGUCAAGAGCUACAGGGACUCUUCGUUCUUGUAGGAUUGGUGAGAUCGUACGAAGAACACCCCUUAGACGCCCAUAAUCGGUGCGGAUCCCCAUGGGGAAGGCUCGUUUUGUUGACAUCUACCAGGCUUUGGUUCUGAACCCAGAGAAGGCGGCUGUGCAGCUAGUGGUAGCCAUGCUUUCGUAGGGUAAACGUGUUGGUAUUGAGGGGAGGGGAGGGGGCCCACGGAAAAGGAAUGGAAGUGGUUUAAAGCUUAUUUUAGUUUGGCUGCUCAUAGAAUGUCAAUUUAUGAGUUAUUUACAGGUUGUAUGUAAUGUUGCUUCAGUCUAAAAAUAUGAACUCUUGAUAGAAACCGUAAAUGAAGAAUAUAGCUUGUUACCUUGUUUUGAAAUUUUAUUUCCAGUUAAUUUUUCUUCAGCCACCUAUAGUUUUCAAAAUAUCAGAACAGAAAGGGCACAGCUAGCGCUUACUGCUAAUGCCUAGUAUGUGGAAUCUGAUUUAGCUGGCCGGAAUUGACUUUUUAGGUUGUAUUGGCAAGUCAGUCUUAAAUGAUGACUGUUGAGUGGUGCACUAAGCUUAAGUGAAAUUUCCUGAAAAUAUUCCCGAAGUUAAGGGAAAGCCAGUGUUGUUGUCGUGUGGAUUCACUAAAAGUACAUAUUUUAAGAACUGAAGGCAUUUCCAGCAGAUGAAGUUCUUGAUUCGGCAGCAAGAACGUGAACCUGCAAUUUGGAAGACUUAACCUUUAGCUGCUCCAGAUCCCAUGACGGUGGGAAAAUGGGCCUCGGUUCUCUUUUCUAUAACAUAAGGACACUGGACGAUUUGAAUUUGAAAGUUACAAGAACUCCUAAAGCCCUGCAAGACAGAGUUUGGGAAUGUUCUCCAUUGCUGUCAUUUUUCCUCCAAAAAUAACCUGGCUUGGAAAUCAUCAGUUGAAAGGGAAUUUGACUCCCCAUAGAAACUGGAGGAAAGGUAAUACAAGUGGAGAGGGUCAGCUGUAUUUCUGCCAGAGUAAUAAACCCACUGAGAGGUUCUGGUCCGCAUUGUGGAGACAUAAAGAGAAUGAGUGUAUGUACUCUAAGUGUACCAGUUUCCUCAAUCUCUCCUGGCAGAAGAUGCAGUACUUUUGGUGAUGCUGGGAUUCUGGGGUGCGUUUCCAUUAAUUCAAACACAGACGAAGACGAUGUGGUAGAGGGAAAGAUGGUGGCAGAAGGAGCGAAUAAAGAGACAAAAUUGCCUGCUAAAAAGAAAAGAAAGAAGGGUUUGCGAAUUAAGGGGAAAAGACGCCGAAAAAAAUUGAUUCUUGCCAAAAAGUUUAGUAAGGAUUUGGGGUCUGGGAGACCUGUUGCUGAUGCCCCUGCUUCGUUAGCUUCCGGUGCCCCUGAGCAAGAUGAAGAAAGUCUUUUUGAGGGCAACAUAGAAAAGCAAAUCUAUCUGCCUAGUACCAGAGCCAAAACCUCCAUUGUGUGGCACUUCUUUCAUGUUGACCCCCAAUAUACCUGGAGAGCAAUUUGUAACCUGUGUGAAAAAAGUGUCAGCAGGGGUAAGCCAGGCAGCCAUCUUGGUACAUCUACUCUUCAAAGACAUCUUCAGGCAAGGCAUUCUCCUCACUGGACCAGGGCCAACAAGUUUGGAGUCACUAAUGGGGAGGAGGACUUUACCUUGGAUUUAUCGUUGUCUCCUCCUUCUCCUGGAAGCAAUGGAAGCUUUGAGUAUAUUCCUACUGAUUCUGUAGAUGAAAACAGAAUGGGUAAGAAGCGCGAUAAGUCAGCAUCUGAUGCCCUGAGGGCAAAAAGAGGGCGCUUUCUCAUCAAAAGCAACAUUGUCAAGCAUGCCUUAAUUCCAGGAACGAGAGCCAAGACAUCUGCAGUUUGGAAUUUUUUUUAUACUGACCCUCAGCACAUCUCAAGAGCUGUGUGUAACAUAUGUAAAAGAAGUGUGAGCCGGGGUAGGCCAGGUUCCCACUUAGGAACUUCAACACUUCAACGACAUCUUCAGGCCACGCAUCCCAUCCAUUGGGCUGUUGCCAACAAAGACAGUGGUGCUAUUGGAAACGGAUUAGAUGAGACUGAAACAGAGAGCAGUGAUCUCCUGAAUGAUACGAUGCCUGGAGAGAAGUCAUCAGGCAGCCAAGAUUUAACAGCUGAGGACCUCAGUGACUCUGAUACAGAUGAACCCCCUUGUUUAGAGGUUGAAAAUAGAUCUGAGAGUCCUAUUCCUGUUGCAGACCAAGAUAAUCCGGUGCACGCACAAGAGAGAGAAACGACGACACAUUGUGAAAAUGCAGCCGCAAAUCAAAUAAGUCAGGCAGUUAUUCAGAUGAUUGUGGAGGAUCUGCAUCCGUACAACUAUUUCUCAACCCCAGCCUUUCAAAGGUUUCUACAGAUUGUCGCUCCUGACUAUAGAUUGCCAUCAGAGACUUACUUUUUCACCAAAGCUGUACCUCAGUUAUAUGAUUCUGUUAGAGAAAAAAUUUUCUUAACUUUAGAGAAUGUUCAAAGCCAAAAGAUCCACCUGACUGCUGACAUAUGGACUCAUGACCCUUCCACUGACUAUUUCAUUGUGACUGUACACUGGGUCUCUUUGGAAACUGCAUCUUCUCCCAGUAAUGGUGGGACUCCCAAUUUUAGAAAGUGGGCAGUACUUUGUGUUACAGGUUUAGCCAAAGACUGUUUGAUAACUAACAUUUUACAAGAAUUAAAUGACCAGAUUGGUCUGUGGCUUUCUCCUAAUUUCCUUACCCCUAGCUUCAUUGUUUCUGACAAUUCUUCUAAUGUGGUACAUGCAAUCAAAGGUGGUGGCUUUACCCAUGUGCCAUGCUUCCUGCAUUGUCUAAAUAUAGUGAUUCAGGACUUUUUCUGUGAGCACAAAAGUAUUGAGAAUAUGUUAGUGGCUGCUAGGAAAACCUGCCAUCAUUUUAGCCAUUCUGUCAAAGCCCGCCAGAUACUACAAGAAUUCCAAAAUGAUCACCAGCUUCCAUGGAAGAAUCUGAAGCAGGAUGAAACUGGCCACUGGAUUUCUACCUUUUACAUGUUAAAAUGGCUUUUAGAACAUUGCUACUCUGUUCACCAUAGUCUGGGCAGAGCCAGUGGAGUUGUACUUACCUCCCUUCAGUGGACUCUAAUGACAUACGUUUGUGAUAUUCUUAAGCCAUUUGAGGAGGCCACCCAGAGAGUGAGUGUGAAGACAACAGGAUUGAAUCAGGUGCUACCCCUAAUCCACCAUCUCCUCUUUUCCCUGCAGAGACUCAGAGAAGAUUUUCAAGUCAGAGGUAUUACUCAGGCCCUCAAUCUGGUGGACAGUUUAUCUUUGAAACUUGAAAGUGAUGCCUUACUAAGUGCCAUGCUCAAAUCCAAGCAUUGUAUCUUGGCUACUUUGUUAGAUCCUUGUUUUAAGAACAGUUUGGAGGACUUUUUUCCUCAAGGUGCUGAUUUAGAAACUUACAAACAGAUCCUUGCAGAAGAGGUUUGUAAUUAUAUGGAAUCUUCGCCAGGGGCCUGCCAGAUUUCAAGUUCUGAAACAUCUGGCCCUUUAGUUAGGUUAGGAACUGAUUCGUUUACUUCUAUAAAAGAAGGCACCUCCAGUGCAGGUUCUCUGGAUAGCUCAGCCGCAGGCAGUGUUGCUGUUGGGAGCAAAAGCUCCUUGCUCCCCGCUGCGGUAGCAGUAGUAGAUGAGUACUUCAAAGAGAAGUAUUCAGAGCUCUCAGGAGGUGAUGACCCUUUGGUUUACUGGCAGAGGAAGGUGAGCAUAUGGCCAGCUUUGACCCAAGUUGCCAUUCAGUAUCUGAGUUGCCCCAUGUGUAGUUGGCAAUCUGAAUGCAUGUUUACCACAAAUAGCCACUUUCAUCCAAAGCAGAUCAUGAACAUGGACUUUGAUAAUAUAGAACAGCUCAUAUUUCUGAAAAUGAACUUGGAGAAUGUUAACUAUGACUAUUCUACAUUGAUUCUGAGCUGGGACCCUGAAAAUAAGGCUGUUCAGAGCAAUGAAAAAGAAAUACUACCUUAAUUUCCUUUUCCUUGUCCUACUUAAAAUGGGCAGCUUUCGCUAUAUUACUAUAUCUUAUUGCUGUUGUUACUAUAUGUAGUCGUACUAUUUAUCCUUUUAAAAAAAUGGCUGGGUGUGUUCACAGUGCCUGUAGUCCUGGCUAUUUGAGACACUGAGGCUGGAUUAUGACUUUAGCACAUGAGUUUGAGACCAGCCCAGGCAACAUGUUAAGAUCCUGCCUUACAAAAAUGAAAAACCUGAGGAAAUCCGAAAUUACAGAAAGACUGAAAACUCCACAGAGGCAGUGUAACGAUGACAAAAUGAAGGUUAACUUUGAAAAUUUCACAGUUGUAACUCAGUGUAACUAACAUCUAUCAAAGUGUCAUUUGUAUCACUUGAGAGAGAGGGCAGUGUUAAUGAGAAACACAGUGAAGCGUUGAAGGACUUAGGUAUUUCUGGUUGGUAGAUUGAGCUAGUCAUUGAUUAGAGUAAAAACUUCUUCCACUGUGGAAGAUUGGGUUUCAGUUAUUAUUUAUAUAAAUACAGUGAUUCAGGACUUCUAUGAGCACAAAGGUGUUUAGAAUGUGUUAGUGACUGCAUUAACAUAGUCUUUCCCUCCCCUGUUUUUUAAUUUCUUUAAAACCCCUGACACAGCUUGACAGAAUGAAAACCCACAAAAUUGUUUCAUUUUUAGAAAUUAUAGUUGCCUCACCCUGGUCAGUUUAUAAUGUCAGGUUACUGGGUAUGAUAGAAUUAUCUUUUAUAUUUAGGAUUGGGUCUAUAUAAAAGGGAACAUUACAAAACAAUUAGAAAAUGACUUUUUGGUCUUUGAUUUGCUUUUUAUAAUAUAGUACCAAAAACAGGGAUUAUAUAGGUGCCUUUAAAAUAACCCAUUAGUAAAAAACAUUAGAUGUUUGUAAAAUCAAAAAACAAGCAAGCCUCGUGAACGUGCAGACCCCAUGUGAGUUUCCCAGAGAAUAUUUCUAGAGCUUGUUCAUUUUUUUCAAGGGUGCUCCUGGUCCAUAGCAUGAUGUUCCUAACUGCAGUUUGGAACUGUAUUUUUAACUGAGAUAAGCAGUUGAAACUUUACUGUGUUAGGCAUCAUUGCUGAAAUGAGUGAACUGUCUCAGUGGCCCUGCAGGUGCCUUCCCACUCGGAGAGUCUGUUUCUGUGACUGAGUGGGAGGCCACAGAGAGCUGACUUUUAGUAAGUCUAUUAGAUGUUUCAGAUUGAAUAACUAAUGUAAGAUCCCAAUUUUUCCUUUUUUUUCAUUUUAGAUUUGGGGAUAUUCCCUGCCCAAAAAAUUCCUGGAAAAUUGACUAGUAUUAAGUGCGUAAUAGCUUGGAACUGAGUGAAGACACAGAUGUUCCUGUUGAGAGCAACCAGCUAAUGGUUACAUUUUAAAGACGAUUUCUGUGGCUGAGUGGUCAUUGGAAGAGUAAGUCCUUUUCAAGAGUCCUCGGAGCUGGUCUCACCUCGGAAGCAGUGGCUUGUUCCAGGAAGCCGGUUUUGGCCUGAGAAUUUACCCAGUAUGCCUAAUCAGGGAGAAGACUGCUAUUUUUAUUUCUAUUCUACAUGCGCCAAAGGUGACAGCUGCCCAUUCCGUCACUGUGAAGCUGCACUAGGAAAUGAAACUGUUUGCACACUAUGGCAAGAAGGUCGUUGUUUUCGACAGGUGUGCAGAUUUCGUCACAUGGAAAUUGACAAAAAACGAAGUGAAAUUCCUUGUUAUUGGGAAAAUCAGCCAGUGGGAUGUCAAAAACUAAACUGCGCUUUCCAUCACACCAGAAGCCGCUAUGUUGAUGGACUCUUCCUACCUCCAAGCAAAACUGUGUUACCCACUGUGCCUGAGUCACAAGAAGAAGAAGUAAAGACUAGCCAGCUCACAGUUCAACAGAGCAAAUUGUCUGUUCAGUCUAACCCCUCCCCUCAGCUGCGGAGUGUAAUGAAAGUAGAGAGCUCAGAAAACGUUCCCAGCCCCACACAUCCGCCUGUUGUAAUCAACGCUGCAGAUGAUGAUGAAGAUGACGAUGAUCAGUUUUCUGAGGAGGGUGAUGAAAGCAAGACACCUGCCCUGCAGCCAUCUCCUGACGUCCAUAAUGGAUUACGAGUGGCUUCUGCCCGCAAACCUGGAGUCAGUUUAAAGCAAGGUGAAUGUUUGAAUUUUGGAAUAAAGACUCUUGAGGAAAUUAAAUCAAAGAAAAUGAAGGAAAAAUCCAAGAAGCAAGGUGAAGGCUCCUCGGGAGUUUCCAGUGUUUUACAGCAGCCUCAGCCCAAUCCAGGCCCUGAGAAGGAGAAUGUUCGGACUGUGGUGAGGAUGGUGACUCUAUCCAGCAAACCAGAAGAGCCCUUGGUUAGACUGAGUCUUUCUGAGAGACUGGGGAAACGAAAACUUUCAGUGGGUGGUGAUAGUGACCCUCCAUUAAAGCGAAGCCUUGCACAGAGGCUGGGAAAAAAAGUGGAAUCGCCAGAAACUAACAUUGAUAAAGCACCAAAGAAAGAGCGAGGUCAUAAAGCUGGGGAGAUCCAUGUGAAGACACUGGAAGAAAUUCUUCUUGAAAGAGCCAGUCAGAAACGUGGAGAAUUGCAAACCAAACUGAAGGCAGAAGAACCUUCAGGAGCCGAUGAUUCUCCAUCAGGGACAAAAAGUUCUUCUUCAGUGCGGAUCAAAACCUUCUCUGAGGUCCUGGCUGAAAAGAAACACCGGCAGCAGGAAAUGGAAAGACAGAAAUCCAAAAAGGAUACAAGUUGCCUCACGCUAACAGACGACACUGAAAUGAAAAAGACAGUGAGUCUGCCCACUGUUGCUGUUAGCAAAGGACAACCAGAGGAGCCUGCAGGAAGAGCCAGGUCUAUGCAGGAGGUGCAUAUUAAGACACUAGAGGAAAUUAAGCUGGAGAAGGCCCUGAGGGUGCAGCAAAGCUCUGAGAGUAGUGGCAACUCCCGACCUCAAGCUGAGGCUGCCCCAGGGACAAAGAGGCUGCUCCGCAUCACCAAGAGAGCAGGUGUAAAAGAAGAGAAAAAAUGUGGCCUUGAAGACAGUGGUGACCCUCCUCAGAGCAGUGUGACUAAGAUGGAGGCUAAUGAGACUUCAGAUGAGACCAUAAGUGAUCCCACAAAACUUGCAGUCAACAGAUGUGACACUGUCAAAGAGAAACACACACAGAGACUGCAGGAGAGAGGAGCAUCACAAAAGGAGAAAGCAGCCUUGUCAUCUGUGCGAGGAGAUGAGGCUUCUUCUUAUACCCGAGUGGCGGGGAAGCCGGUGCUCACUGCUGUAUCAGGCGUCACUCGGCAUCUGGCAAAACGGCUCCCCGUGGAGUCAUCCCAGAAAGGGGAGGUAGAAACCUCCGGAAUCGGGGACUCAAUACUGAAUGUGAAAUGCGCAGCACAGACUUUGGAGAAGAGGAGUAAAGUCAAACCCAAAGUAAAUGUGAAGCCAUCUGUGGUCAAGGUUGUCUCAGCUCCCAAAUUGGCUCCCAAACGCAAGGCUGUGGAGAUGCACUCUGCCGUCAUCGCAGCCGUGAAGCCGCUCAGCUCCAGCAGUGUCCUGCAGGAAAGCCCCACCAAGAAAGCAGCUGUGGCUGUUGUCCCACUCCUCUCUGAGGAUAAACCCGUCACCAUGUCUGAGACAGAAAACCCAAAAGACAGUUCUGUGCUGUCUUCAGCCCAAGCUGCUUCGGAACCCUUGCUCCCGGAAGGCUCUGGCCCUUCCUCAUCCCAGACGGCAACAAAACCGCGCCGGCUGAGCUCCGCCUCCACGGGAAAGCCUCCACUCUCUGUGGAAGAUGAUUUUGAGAAACUAAUAUGGGAAAUUUCAGGGGGCAAAUUGGAAGCUGAGAUCGACUUGGAUCCUGGGAAGGAUGAAGAUGACCUUCUGCUUGAGCUCUCAGAGAUGAUUGACAGCUGAAACCCAAGGGGAUAAUGAGGACACUUAAAAAAAAAAAAAAAAAAAAAACCCUCACCAAAAACUGGACUUAGUUUCAUCUAUUUACCUGAGGUGAUAAUUUCUUUUAAGUCUCAAAUUUUGCCCAAAUCAAAAGUAUACCUCUGAAGUACCUGUGUGUCCUGGACUCCCUGGGGUCGGAUCUUUUACAUCCCUUGAUAAAUAACUGUUUUGUCCACUUGCUGCCAUUGUUGAGCAUCUUUGAGAAGAAAGUUCUGUAAUGCCCUUCUCUCCACCUGAGACUGAGCUCCAAAUGAAACGGUGCACGAGAACUCAGUGGUCCUCGAGGUGUUUGUUAGUGUGGGCUAGCUUCCCUGCUCUAUUUAUUUAUGUAUUGUCUUAAUUUUAUCAGAGUUUAAAAAUGAAGACAGCUGCUAACCAUUGUGGACCAAAUGUCAUGCUACCACUAAACAAAAGACCCACUCAGUCUGUGUUAAAUUGUAUGUCUUGUAUUUGGAAAUUCGUCUAAGCUUUAAAGAGGGCCGGGCAGCUCGAGAACCUGAGAUACGGACCUAACUCUGGACCUGGUCCUGUUGUGUUAGCUGUUCCGUGAGCCUCUGAAGAGCAAUAGCUAAUUUAUUAUUACUGUAAUUUUUUAAAGGCUUUAAAGUGCCUCAGGGGUCCCCUGAAACUAAUUUUCUAUUUCUGGGAUUCCCUGGAUUCUUUAUAAGAGAUGGUGACAUGACUAGGGAAAUUCUUUUUUUAGUAUGAAAAUUGUCCCUUCAAUACCUUUCUCUUACUGGCAUUGAAUUAUCACAGAGACAGAAAAUUGGUAAAUUUUUUUAAUUUCUAACUCUCCCAGGAAACUCCUUGCCUAGUAUUUAUUUGAUAUGCUUUAACCAUGGGGGGGUGGACCUCAAGCUGCCAGUAUUGAUCUACAGACUGUAGCAGUACACUGGGCUGUACUGUCAGGGAUGGCAAGAUGCUCUGGGGUGUAUUGGAUACCUCCAGUUUCUUCACUUCUGGAUUGAGUUUUCUUUUCUUAAUGUUGGUCCUCUUCACAUCACCUCAAGGUUUAGACUUGUGAAGGAACAAGUCUGAUGAGGAUAAUAGUCUUGAAAGGAGACACUGUACAGAAUUGGAAGAAGGAAAGAAAAGACUUGUUCAUUGUGAUACUUUCUGUAGGUGGCCAGUUUGUUUCUCAUAGGGAAAUCCUGGACCACCUGUCAUGUUGGCUCCUAAGGAACUGCUGUUGUAAGCGGCUCAUCAAGAGUUGAAGUUCAUGUAGCCUUGUUGGGAAUAUGGAAAAGGAAGAAAGCCACAGGACUGCCAGUUCAGUCUGGGAAGAUCUGGAUGAUUCUGCACAUGCAAAAAUGACUUGAAGUUUCUGUAUAGACGCUUGUACCGAUCCAUCUUCAGCUGACUGAAUGUUGUAUGAUAGCCCUUCUCCAAAGCAGAGGUGGAAGGUUCUGGUUUCACCACACAUUUUAUAAACACAUCUCCUGUUUUGAAUUGGCCUAUAGGUUGUAGGCCUCUUUUGUAUAUAACCUCUAUUAUUUUGCUUUAAAAAAAAAAAAAGGUCUGUUCAUAUUUAAUGCCCUGUAUUAGUCAAUGAUUUGUGUUCAACAUUAUUUGAACCAUUUGCCAUUAACGAAAGAGAAAUACUUAUUUGUGUUUUAAAUAAAACUGAUAUAGGAAA